AUGGCGGAUGCUGGCGCGGGCGGCGGCGGCGGCGGCGCAGUGAAGCCGCCGAGUGAAGUGAAAGUUCUGGUGGCGGAAGACAACCCUGUUAGUACUCCCGCUUUUUUUCCUUCCCUCUCACUCUCCCCUCGUUCCGCCGAGCUCUUACCCUCAUCCGUCUGCCUUUCUCCGUCGGUUCUUCCCCCAUUUCCCUCUCCUUCUCUCUCUUGGUCUUCCUCUCUCGUUUCCGUGUCGCCAUUCCCGGGGAUUCUCGGCGGCCUCGUCUCCGCAUUUGCUCCCUCGUUGCCUCGCUCCCUGUCUCCUCCCACCUUCCUUCUCCGUCGUUCUCCCUCCCUCUCUCCGCUCAACUCGCUCUCCUCGCUCCCCGUCAACGUCAUGGUUCUACUGUCAAUGCUCAAGCGCCUCGCCUUUAAGCCUGUGGUCGCCAAAAACGGCGUCGAGGCGGUCGAAGCCGUCGAGAAGACCAAAUUCGAUAUUAUUCUCUCCGAUAUAUGCAUGCCGCUGAUGGACGGCCUGACUUCCACGUGUCUCAUCCGCGAGUACGAGCGCACGGGCGUGUUUCCGCGCGAAGCCAUUCAGAAAGCGCGCGCGUCCGGCGCCCCCGCGGGGAACGAGAAGGAGGGCGCUGCGAACUGGAGCCCCGGGGACGGCGCGGCGGGGGAAGGCGGAAGCGAAGGCGGAACCGGGGAGUUCCGCCCGCGCACACCGAUUAUCGCGGUGACCGCGAACGCGCUUGCCGCGGACCAGGAGCGAUGCGCGGCCGCGGGAAUGGAUGGGUUUCUUGCGAAGCCCGUUAAUUUCCCGAAGCUUAAGGAGCAGCUCGUAAAGUACGGCGUGCUGGCUCCGGAAGGAGCGGCGGCACCCGCUGCGCCGGCGGCGGCUCCCGCCGCAGCCGCGCAAAGGGCAGGCGGAGCUGGCGCGGGGAGAGGCGGGGGGAGGCCGGCAAUAGUGGAUUCAGACGAGGAGGAGGGGAGUGAAGGUGAGGAGGAGGGGGAGGAGGAGGAGGAGGGGAGUGAAGGCGAGGAAGGGGAGGAGAGUGAGGAAGAAACGGGGAGUAAGCGGGCAUCUGGAGCAGCGCGCGCAACACCGGCGGCAUCAAAAGCUUCAUCGUCGGCAGCAGCAGCAGCAGCAGCAGCAGGAGCAGGAGCAGCUGCUGCAGCUACAGCUACGUCAUCGCCUUCGUCACCUGAGGGUCCGGUGAAAGCUGGUGCCGGUGCAGCUAACAGAACCCCGGUCAGAGGCCCACGGCGUGGCGAGGACGAGGAGGAGGAGGAUGAUGAGGAGAGGGAGGAGGAGGGAGACGAGGAGAAGGAGGAGGAGGAGGAGUUAGCUGAUAAUGCGGAGCGGAAGCUUAAGGAAUCUCAGGAUCGCGGUCGCGGUGAUUCCCCUGCUGCACCGCCGACAGCAGCAGCUGCUGCUGCUGCUGCUGCUGCUGCAGCUGCUGCUUCAGAGGGGAAUGGAGUGAUGGCGAAUGGGGUAGCAAAUGCUGCUGAGCGAGGAGCCGAUGGUGGUGCGAAGGAGGCUGGAAAGAAGGAGCAGGAGAAGGAGGAGCAGAGGAAGCGGAGGGAGAGGCAGAAGAGCAUGGAGGAGGGGUUGCUAGGCGCCCAGGCUGCUCUGGCUGCUCAGCAGCAGCAGCAGCCGCAGGACCCCAGGAGCGGCCUGUUGACUAAAGGCGUCUUGAAAGGUAAUGGUCGUGGGGAGGAGCGAGCAGAUUUGGAUUCACAGGUGCCGUAUGUGCAGCAAUGGGUGGAGCAGGUAGGUGCUCUGGGUCCGUUGGGGCAAUACGGCCUCUCUGGUGCUGUCAACACUGCUGGGGAAGGGAAAGGGGACGGGAAAGGCGAAGGGGAAGGGGCAGUGCGGCGGGUUUCGCCCCUGGGAAGAAGGGCGGAUGGGGCGUGUGCUUCUGGUGUGAGAGCGGGGACGGGGGUGGGGGGGGAGCUGGUGUGGAGAGAGGGAGGGGGAGAUAUGGGCCUGGUAGCGGUUGGGAGUGCUGCAGGAGUGGGAGGUGGUAAGGAGAAACGCCUGUCGCGGCGGCACAGGAGGCUAUCCGGAGAGUUUUCUUUGGAGGGAGUGGGGGAGAGAGUGAGGGGGGGAGAUCGGGUGCACCACUCGGGUCCUCUUCCUGUUGUGUCCAACUCGCUUACGGCUCAGCUGCAAGCCCUGCAGGCGCAGCAGGAACAGCUGCAGAUGCAGCUGCAGCAGCUGGAACAGCAGCAGCAGCAGCGCGAGCAGCAGCACCAGCAGCGGCAGCAGCUGCUGCAGCAGACUCUGGAGCAGCACCAGCAGAGGCAAUCGCCCCCACCACAGCUGCCGCAACAGCACCAGCAGCACCAGCAGCAACAGCAGCAGCAGCUAAACGCGUUCGGCUCUUCGUCUUCGCUCCCACAAGCAGUGUCCAACGAAGGGUUGCACCAGGACGGCAUGUUGCCAAGCAUGCAGCUGCAGCACCAGCUGCUCUUGCAGCAGCAGCAGCAGCAGCAGGAAGAGCAGCAGCAGCAGCAGUACCAGGAGCAGCAGUUGAUGUCACGGGCAACACACGCCGCUGCUGCUGGCAGCAACGGGAGCUACGACAGCUGUGGCAUGGGCUUGGGCAUGGGCAUGCAGGAAGGAGGGCAAGUCAGGAAAGUCUCGCCUGUGCCGCAUAGGCUGAGAGAAUCAGCCAUGGCUGCUGGUAUUGGUGGUGGUGGUGGUGGUGCAGAUGAAUUGAUGGAUCCUGAAUUUGACCAGGAGGGGGGUCCUGCUGUCUAUGGAGCCAUUCUGUGGCCUCACGGUGGGCUUGGAAGCCAUGGGAUGAGUGCUGCUAGCCUGGGCCGGAACGGGGAAGCGGCUGCGUCAGCAGCAGCAGCAGCAGCAGCAGGAGGCAAUUCGUCUCUAAUGUACGGUCCUGGGAGCAAGUCUAUAAGCUCUCUGGGGCGCCGGCAGUCCAGCAAUCUGUCCGCGACUGCUGCUGCGGCUGCGGCGGCGGCUGCGGCUGUGCCUCAAGCAGUGCGAGACUCCCUGUGGGAUGAGAGCAACGGUGGAGGCGGGUCUCGGUCUAACAGCCCGUCUGCUGCUCUGCGCCUGCUGCAGCAGCAGCAGCAGCAGAUGGCGGGGAUGAUGGGGCAUGGUGGUAUAGAGGGAAUGGGGAUGGGGAUGGGGAUGGUGGGAGGGAGAGGGGAGAAGUGGGCUAGGGAGGAGGCGCUGGUGGCGGCAAGGCUGGAGCUGCAGCAGCGUGUGCAGAGGAAGAGCAGGGCUAAUGCGCCACUUUCGGCCAGAGUUGUUACGGAUCUGAAUUCUGUUGCGAGUAUGGUGAUUAAUCCAUACCACUAG